GUGAUUGUCUGUCGCGUUUCUUCCCUUGGGCAUCUACAACAAAAUUUUCAAUCUGCGUCCAGCAGCGCUCUGCCAAGUCAACCAUGGCGUUGAAAGUGUCGCAUAUCAUUGAUAUGUUCGGCAAAUUCCUCAAGGAUGAGACGAUUCCCCUGGAGAAGAAAACCAUUGAAAAGUUCCAGCAACUCGUCGGCGCCUGCCAAUUCAUUGCUUUGACGGAGCUUCAAGAGCUCGUAGAGCUGCCUCCUACUCUGUUGUUGUUCUAUCGAGCUGAAGUCGUUCUGUGGGGAACCUUUUGUUAGUAUGGUCUAUAACGAGUUCCUACUUCACAAAGCUAACAGCCACAGGGCCUGAUGAGAGUUUCCCAUGGUCUGACGAUGGUCUCGACAAAGAGUUCCAAGAUCUCAAAGGCGGCCAUUUCAAAGAACCUACUACAGAAGUAGAGCCUCAAACACCAUUCGAACAAACCACCAACAAAGCCUGCCAACUCAUCGUCAUAACUGAUCAUGAUUCAUCUGGUGUAAUUACUGAGAAACCAGAUUCGUCUGACACCGUCGCAGCCUUGUCGCAUUCCACUAUUGAUGCCAAAACGCAAACUCUUGGUAUUCAGCCAGCUGCUGCUCAACCUACCCUAUCCCCCGCUACGCUACAGAAUCAUGCUGUUCCCAGAGAUGUUGAGGAAAAAGAAGCAGAAAUGUUGAGAGAUCAAAUCACUAGGUCAAUUCGCGCAAAGGGUGCUGAUGAGAGACUGCCAGAGUGGGCUCCCAAUGGCGCCCCACUCCGUUCUGUCCGCUUUCCCGUCGAUAACUUCAGUCUCCUCUACUUUGGUUUCAAAUACAACAAAUCAUCUCUUUCAGCAAAGGUUUCACCAAAGCUCAACUUGGAGCAUAACUACUGGAAGAGCGUCUUUGUUCUUCGUGCGGCUGAUGUGAUGCAUGGAAUUCAUCGUGUCCAUUAUAUGUGGAUUGAGUUCUCUGAUGCUUUCCAACAUCUGGCGAAGAUUAAGGAGUGGGCUUCUGAGAUGAAGAAAAUGGAGCUGUUUUUGUUUUACUUGCUGAACAAUCUCAUCAAGCGUCAAUCUGACGGCGGCUUCACACUUGCGCUUCCCAAGGUUGAUACAGCGUGGAAGGGUUUCGUUCAAGCAAGAUAUAACAUUGGAAAGCCUGCGCUGAAGAUUGAGCAACUCACUGAGGUGAAGGACUUGGUGAUGGUUGGCAACACUGAAAGCAAAGAGAAGACCCUUGGUGGAGAACAGUAGAUUCUGCAAGAGAAAAGAGAUACCAGUGUAAUGAACCUACGUUUCUUUCUCGUCUGUCAGAUGCCGUAUCAUUAGUUC